AAAUAGAAACAAAAAUAGAAAAACAAAUUUUUCUUUGGAAUUUUUCUAAAAUACACUACCACUACAGCUGCCAGCUACUGAUUUUUAAUGAUCUUGUACUUGAUGCAAUUUCAACACUCCUACUAUCACACUUAGACUAGUCGAAACGUUUAUACAGAUUGCUUUGUCAAACUACAUCAAAUCUGCGAAAUUUGAUUUUUCUGUAGUUUUAAGGAAAACUUGAAAAAAAAAAUACAGAGUGUCCAACCUAACCACUCGUUCUCAAUUUUUUAUCACGAAAAUUUUGACGUGGAUACCUGUAGACUAUGAUGAUUUCUUACUCCCAUAAUAAAAUGACCGAGAAAAACCUUUUCCAUCGAUUUACGUACUAAAAUGGUGAAAGUUUAUGACCACGCACUGUUAUAGCAGUCUAAACACAGUUUUUUAUUUCAAUUUUUUUACCCUUCCAAUGAUGGCUGCCAAGCCGGAAGACCUCAGCUCAGGUACUAUAAUUACAAUGUAAGUCUAUGCAAGUCAUUUUAAGGUAAACUUUUCGCUACAUAGGAUUCAUGAUUUUCAUUUUAUUUGAUGCUUCCCGACAAUGCUUAAGUACUCUUCAGAUUGGACGGGCAGAAUCAACAUUCCAGGUUGCUUAAGAGCAGCUUUCAUAUCGUCCACUUCAUUGAUGAAUCGUCCUUAGAUAUAGAUUGACAGCGCUUUGAUCCGUCGAUAUAAUACCGUCAGUAGAGUUAUUAAUUUUUAAAUGCUUGAAUAUCAACCAAGUUAGUGAACAAAAUGUGCCUGCCGCUGCCGGCAGCAAGAUGGUUCCUACUUCGAUUGUUUGUCAAACGCGAGCCUAUCUUCCAUUGUAUUCCUUUGGUUUUCGAAUAAAACGGGAUAAAAAUAUGGCAAUCAAGACGAGAGUGGCAAUUUUGAGUUUUUAUAACCUUUUAAUCGCAGCCCUAACGUUUGCUGAAAAGGAUACUUCGUUUCUCAGCGAUGAGAGUAUCGAUAGGAUCAAUUCCGUGCAAAACUCAUGGAAGGCCGGAAGGAAUUAUGAUCGGGGCUCAGAAGACAGAGUCAUAAGAUUGCUAGGUGAGCUGGAUUCGAAGAACCUAGAUGAAGCGGACAAGCUGCCACUCAAAACAGAGGAUCCAGCGUGGCCCUUGGAUAAAGACAUCCCGAAAACAUUUGAUGCGCGGAAAAAAUGGGGCAAAAUCUGCCCCCAAAUAUCCGAAAUUUAUGAUCAAGGAUACUGCGGCUCUUGUUGGGCCGUGUCCUCCAUGUCAGCGGCUUCAGAUCGUCUGUGCAUAAGCUCCAAGGGAAAAUUCCAAGGAUUGCUUUCUGCUCAGUAUACAGCGUUUUGCUGUAAAGCAUGCGGUCUAGGGUGUCAUGGAGGAUUCCCGACUAUGGCCUGGGAUUUCUUGAAGAAAGGAGUUGUGACAGGAGGACACUUUAAUUCAUCCCAAGGCUGCCAACCUUACUCAAUACAGCCAUGCAUGCAUCAUAGCGAGGAAGAAUCCAACCCAUAUCCCCGCUGUGAGACUCUUCCUGAGGAACAACCUACGUGCCAAAAAAAGUGCAGUAACCACCAGUACGGAAAAUCUUUCAGAAAAGAUAAACACAGAUUUGAAUCCGCCUAUGAACUACCAAUGGAUGUGAAGAUGAUUCAGAAGGAUAUCAUGACAUACGGACCAGUGACUUUUAGACUCCAGGUUUUUGACGACUUCUUCCAUUACAAAUCGGGAGUAUAUGAACGGACAACUACCUAUUGUCGUGGCCUCCAUGCAGUAAGAGCCCUUGGAUGGGGCACAGAAAACGGGAAACCAUACUGGCUGAUUGCGAAUUCUUGGAAUUCAUACUGGGGGGACAAGGGACUCUUCAAAAUUUUACGUGGAGAGAAUAAUUGUGGUAUAGAGGAAGAGGCUGCUGGUGGAGUGCCUCGGAAGUGGAAACAAAUUGAGAAUUAAAAUUUUAUUGCGAUACAUUUUUUAAUAUUCGUUCGUCUUUAAACCAAAACAUUUCAAAUGACCACUAGCUCCCAACACCACACAGUUUUACACUCAUUUUAAGUAGAAUGCAUUCAAUCCUAAAAUAGACAAUGUGAGCGACUUAGGAGCAGUAUUAAUGUGGUCACAUUCUUCAAUUUUAUAAUGAAAACAUUAAAAAGAUUUGAUUUACUAAGACAUGGAGGAAUUUUUCCUUUGGGUGCCUAUGAAACACCAAAGCAUUGAUCUCUUUUUAGUGAGCUUUCUGUAAGUUUGAACUGUGGAGUAAAUCACAUAAAAAUUUAGUUAAAAUUUCUGGAAAAUAACCUUGUAAAAAUUUCCAAGAAGAUUUUCUGGUUAGAGAUAGAGCACCAACGAGUAAGGUUUUAUUUGAUGGCACGGUAUUGGCGAAUAACCUCUUCGACAAAAGUGACUUUAUUCAUAUACAUGCUACGAUUUCCCUCACCCAUGUUAUUCAUAGUCAUUUUCUCAUAAUUUUAGUGGGUUUAUACACCUAAAUACAGAAUCUAAC